GGCUGCGAUUCCCAGUCUGCCCGCCGGCAGAGAAGGGAAGCGGGGAAAGGGGCGGGCGGAGGCGGGGCGGCAUCCGACUCUGGGAGAGCCGAGGGAGUAUCGCGGAGGCGACGUCGCCGGCUCUGGAAGAGGCGAAGCAGGCGGCGGAGCUCCUUUCCCCUUCUCAGACCCCGGAGCGUCCAGGACGUAGAGCCCGGAACUGGGGGGACGCGACGACUGCGGGGGCCCGCCGUAGAAUCUCCAUGGAAAAAGAGACAUGAAUGUCUGCAAUGAUAUUUCCUGACAAGAAGUUAAUAGGAGGAAAGGAGAUCACCAGUUAGAGAAAAGAAUUUCAAAUAACCAGGAUUUUAUAUUUAUUACCUCCAAUUAUAGACUUCUCUUGCCUACCUUUCAAUCAGAGAUAACUACAAUCAGAACCCAGACAAGGCAAAAGAAUACAUUUCUUCUGUAUCUUCUGAGAUCAAAGAAACUACAAUGUCUAGGAAACAAAACCAGAAGGAUUCAUCAGGAUUCAUUUUUGAUUUGCAGUCCAAUACUGUACUGGCCCAGGGAGGAGCUUUUGAGAACAUGAAAGAAAAGAUAAAUGCAGUGCGUGCAAUAGUUCCCAAUAAGAGCAACAAUGAGAUCAUCCUGGUUUUGCAGCACUUUGAUAAUUGUGUGGACAAAACAGUACAAGCGUUUAUGGAAGGUAGUGCCAGUGAAGUACUCAAAGAAUGGACAGUAACAGGCAAGAAAAAGAACAAAAAGAAGAAAAGCAAGCCAAAACCUGCAGCAGAAGCAAGUAACAAUAUCCCAGAUUCCAGUAAAUCGGUUUCCAUUCAAGAGGAGCAGUCCGCACCUUCUUCAGAAAAAGGUGGUAUUAAUGGUUACCACAUUAACGGUGCUGUCAAUGAUACUGAGUCUGUGGACUCCCUCAGUGAAGGUAUGGAGACACUUUCAAUAGAUGCCAGAGAACUGGAGGAUCCUGAGUCUUCCACACUAGAUAUGAUGGACAGAACAGGAUCCAUGCUGGAAAAUGGUGUCUCUGAUUUUGAGGUCAAGUCUUUGACUGUCCACUCUACUCAGAAUUCUCAACAAAAUAGGAAUGCUGGCAAAUCUCUCACAAGGCCCCAGUUUUCACAUCUGGGCAUGGAAGAUGUUCCACUAACUUCCACCAACAAAAAGCUGGGUUCCAAUAUUGAAAAAUCUGUGAAAGACCUCCAGCGCUGCACAGUGUCUCUUGCACGAUAUCGAGUUAUAGUGAAAGAAGAGAUGGAUGCUUCCAUUAAGAAAAUGAAACAAGCUUUUGCUGAAUUGCAGAGCUGUUUAAUGGAUCGAGAAGUGGCAUUGCUCGCUGAAAUGGACAAAGUGAAAGCUGAAGCAAUGGAAAUUUUGCUCAGCCGACAAAAGAAAGCUGAACUUCUAAAGAAGAUGACUGAUGUGGCCGUUCGAAUGUCAGAGGAACAGUUGGUUGAGCUCCGAGCUGAUAUCAAGCACUUUGUUAGCGAACGUAAAUAUGAUGAGGAUCUGGGACGAGUAGCCCGGUUCACCUGUGACGUAGAGACCCUAAAGAAGAACAUUGAUUCGUUUGGACAAGUGUCCCAUCCAAAGAACAGCUAUUCAACCCGGUCCCGAUGCAGCUCAGUUACGUCUGUGUCCCUGAGUAGCCUGUGUGAUGUCUCUGCUGCUUCCUCUUCCACCUGUGCCUCUGCUCCCAGCCUUACAAGCACUAACAAGAAAAACCUGGCACCAGGAGAGACUCCUGCAGGCAUUGCAAACUCCAGCGGCCGGCCCUACCAGCCUCGUCGAGAGGUGUUGCUGGGGAACAGAAGAGGAGGACAAGGCUACAGGCCACAAGGCCAGAAGUUCAAUGACCCCACAAACCAAGGGCAACAAGACAGUGCGGGCCGUUACAGAAAUAGCUCAUGGUAUUCGUCUGGUUCCAGGUAUCAGAGUGCACCAUCCCAGGCACCAGGAAAUGCUAGUGAAAGGGGCCAGGUUCACUCUGCAGGGACCAAUGGAACUGGAACCAGUAUGGAACCCAGCCAACCCAAGCCCUCGUUCAAAAGGGGCUCCCCCCAGCGCAAACCCAGGACCUCUCAUCCUGAAGCUGUGAACUCCUGAGGGAAAUUCCAGUUGAUCUCUCUUGUCUAUCCCACGCAAUUCAACUUGGUAACUGGACUUUGGGAAACUUAUAGUUAGAUUUAAUAACAAAAAGAAAUUUUCGCAUAUCACUUUUUAUGCCAUUCUAAAUAUUUUUGGUUUUUUCUUUCCUGAUUUCCUCUUUACCAUUUUUGGAGAGGAAGCUUUUUUUUCCCUUGACCUUUCCCAAUGAUAUGAAUUAACUCUGAUUGGUCAUUUCUACCAGGAAUCAUGGGCAACCAUUGCCAGGUUUCCCAAGGUUAAGCAGGGUUCUUCCCAGGGCCCCAGGCCUUUCAGCUGCCCGAAGAAGCCUUCCUCAGCAACCCCCUACUGUUCAGGCGCUCGAGGAGAUGAAUCAGGGCUAGUCCUGUUGCCUUUCCUGUCUAAGCAGAGCCACACAUGGCAUGUCGUGUUUGCUCUAAACAACAGUUUUAUCCAGGAGAGGCAAUGAGGGGAUUGUAUUAGCCACACUGAAUUAGCAAGAGAAGGAGAAAUUUAAUUGGUGAAGAGGAAAGAACAUUAGUAAAUAUGUGAUAAUCUUCCCCUCCUCCCAGAACGUGCCUGAGAUUGACACUCAAAUCAGCGUCUCAGUCUCUUGCCUGGCGCAGUAGCUUAACCUGCAGUUUCUAUUACCUUAGACAAUAAACCAGUUUUUGGGAAAGUAGCAUUUAAUUAAAGUUAAAAAAAGGGGAAAAAAUUCUUUGUUUUAAUGUUUGAAGAUUUUUGUUGUUGUUAUUCUCUCUCUAUUUCCUGAAUUGUAUUCUUACCCUGAACCAAAUUUAUAGCAAUGUAAUUAGUGUUAAUCUAAGGUGUUACCCAUCAAAAAAAUUGCUGCAGUCUUUAUAGUUGAGUAAAUAAAAACAACUGCAUAAAUAUUCCCACAUUUGUUUCCCAGCAGCAAGUGAUUUCAUUUCAUUUUCUGUUUUUCUUUGGGCCUCAUGGGGUAGAAGUCUCUCAGACAGCUUGUUUGGGGCUUAAAUGAGGGUGUCUGAUGCCUAAGUUGUCUGUCCACCGCUUAGCUUCAGAACCAAAUUAAAAUGUGAAAGGCAGGAUGAGCAAAUGCAGCUGUUCCUGUGGGAAAGAUUCAUAGGAUAGGGA